AUGAACGUGCCAACACGAAGACAUGAACGCAACUCGGCUGGUUGCGCUCAACGUCCAGCCGCCUUCGCUGGCCCAUCGUCUCCCGUCAGGAGUGACCGCUCGAUGACUCCGGCUGACAAUGUUCGACCCGUGCCGACCAUGCCGUUGAACGUACAUAAGAGGUCUUCGAGCCCUGCCAAUCGCAGACAGGUCCCAUCACAUCUCGACGAAUCCCUCGCCAGUCCUUUCCAACGUAACAGUGCUACUACCUCCAAACCCUCCUAUCUUUCAUCUCAUGAUUGGCACGACGGGUCAUCUAGCAUAGCGAACGAUCCGUACGGUGAAGAGGUCCUCUCAACAUCCCUCAUUACUUCCCUACUGUCCUCCGUUCCCACCAUUAACGAUAAGUCAUCUUCAACUGCUGGUCCACCGUCCUUCAAGCGAAACAACUACGAACCAUCUGUUGUAAGCAACGCUCUGACAGUAGAUUCGACCAUCACGUACCCGCCUCCGAAGACGUUUCCACCUCCGUUACCUAGCACUGAUUACAAGUACCCCCCACUACCUACGGCUUUCUCAGUUCGACCGAGUCCUGAGAAUACGAUUGAUAUAUCCUCUCCUCAGGCCCUCAAUCCCCCAGUCCAUAACCUCUUGCCCAUUGCCGACCGCAGCGCUCCUGGACCUUGGGUUUCGGAGGAGAGUGUGCAGGUCUCUCAGCCAGGAGACGCCGUGCGGGCUAUAUGUGUCACACCGAGUGUCCAAUCGAUGACCAGUUCUACUCCCCUGAUGAGCAGCUUCGCCAAGGGCGAUCCAAUCUUGGAGGAGGAGCCGCAAACUGGCGGGCCGUCCACCGCGUCCCAAUCAAGACACAGUCGAACAAGGUCACGGAGGACAUCCACAGCUAAUUCAGCUAAGACGUCCAAGAGCUUCGUUUCCUCCCUCAUAGGACGAAUAUCGCAUUCCUCUGGUGACCGCUCACUCAAACAGACGACGAUGGCUUGGUUCCGUGGCAAGCCGUUACCGCCUGUCCCUCCAAUACCUGAUCACGCCUUUAGAGAGAUACAAAAAGCAGAGGGAGAGCUGCCACUACCCAAACUCAUCAACCGCGCUCAGGCACUGUCUUCUUUGCUGGACAGAGGACAUCGACCGUAUCACAGCGCAAUUUCGUUGGAUAACGCCAAGGAGCGGACAAUGUCAGAGCAGGAGGAAUUAAGGGACAUAAGAUAUUCGGGUGCAGAUCCAGCAGGAAUAGGCUCAGCUGGAGGACGCUCGAGAGACAGGUCGCCACGGCCCCGGGACUGGCCGCCUGAGGCGCAGGAUCCCAGUCCGCCGACAGCAUCAAAAUGGUUCAUGCUCACACGAAGGCGAAAGCUGAUGAUAGGAGCCAUGGUCAUUUUGCUCGUCAUCUGCGUGACUGUGGGCGUUGCUGUCGGAGUCACGGUUGGUGAGAAACAUGCGAAGCACACAUGCCCAGGUAAUAUGGCCGGUGCGGCAUGUACACUUAAUGCAACAUGUGUUUGUUCGACUGGCACUAAAGGCCAGUGCACUGGCAACAGUCUUGCACAGGUCCUGGUUGAUCUCAUUCCCGACGUGAACCGCCUCUUCAACGUCAACUUUACCUCGACCUCUGUCUCGACUGCAUUCUGGCAAGUACAAGGGGCUCCAACGGGAUCCAACUGCGCCGAACAGGCAAACGUAAUCGACGUAACUGCUGCUCUGGACGCGAGCAAUUUUCCAAAUAGGACGCAGUGGGCAGAGUUGGCACUAUUAUGGAAUUUCGUUUUGUCACAGAACGUCUCCGCGACAGGCGAGCUGCAGCAGUUUGUUCUGCAGGCUGACUGGAACUCCCUCGGUUCGUCGGAUGGUCCCAUAUCCGACUCAACUUUGCAGUUCGCAAUCAGUGCCUCUGGCUUCCAAUUUGACUUCGCCUCGCAGACUGUGGUCGCUCCGCUGGCAAAGUUUUCGGAUGUCGGUGAGCCGACUGCACAACAACUUGGUCAACUGAACACGGUUGCGGAAGCUGCCUUAGACUGGAUGACUACCUCCGCACUCGCGUCCUCGACCCAGCAAGGGAAGGCACUGGAAAUCUACUGGACUAACGUCCUAAAUCAGGAUGAGGUUGAUCUUCAGCGGUUCCUCUCGAUUGUCAAGGGCUCUCCGAUUAUGCUUCCUUUCGACGCUACCGCUGCGCCAGGUCGGCACAACGUCUCAACGCUACUCACCAACUCUACCUCUGUACCCUUCCCGCCGCCGCUGUCAUGCUAUCCUGGUCUCAAUGCAUCCCAGGUUCAGCUGAUACAACAACUGGAGACACAAGUGUUCGGAUUGACUCAGGCCUCCACUGCGAGUACAUUCGAUCCCUCGUGCUAUCCCAACCGACCAAUCUACGGCGUCCUAGACAUCUUCCAGCAAAGGCUACCCUUCGCGGACCAGCGCACGGGUGUGGCGAAGCAGGCUGCGCUUCUCACUCGCGAUGCGUCCGUGCGAGCCGUCAUGUACAGUGGCGAACUUGUCAGCGCUUUUCCUGGCUCUGGGAUGCCUGGCCCGCUGUCAACAAAUCCUCUGCAGUACGGCACGAUGAGCAGCUUCGGCCAUGUUAUCUUGCAAUAUCUUUCGUCCAUACCGGAUAUCAAUGUCGCCAAAGAGCUCGUGGAGUUCGUUCUCCAGAGUCCCGCGCUCCCGCCUGACAGUGGCGCACAGUCCGUAUUAUUCGGCGCGCUUUCGUCUCUGCCGAUCAUCGAAGUUGCUAUCUUCGGGACCGUAGAUCCUAGUGAUAUUGCGUCCGCCGUGUCGUCCCUGUCGGACCCCACCCAGCAACUAUUCUUUGGUACGGACGCGUCGGCUGCUAUGCGAGAUUGGUCGAUCAAUGCCGUCGGCCAUGGCCUGCUGUGGACCGAGCUCGCCACGUCACAAUACGUUGUCGUUGAUAAUUCCUUCGCCAACGCCGAUUUCAACUUCGUGUACAGCAAUGCCUCCGCCUUUUUCCAUCUAUCGGACCCGAACGCGAUCGUGAACGUUGGCAACAUCACUUCCGCCUUCAGCAGCUUCCGUCUCCUCCAGGAGACUUACCUCAUUACUUCUUGAACACGUUGAGCUAUCGCUCUCGCACACACAUCUUACUAUUCAUAUCUCAUUAUUCAUAUAUAUAUUCAACUAUUUGCUCUCCUGUGUCUUUAUUAACCUUUUCUCUUUCCUGGCUGUCGGGUACAGACUCGGGUCCAGCUGCUCUGAUCGUAUGUGUUAUGCACUCACGUCAUCCUCUUAACUUAGCCGGGCUCUGGAGAUCGGCCACCACUUGUUCAUACGGGACACUUUGGUUUUAUAGGAUCACUCUGCUUUUUUUUGCAAGUACACCUGGUAUAAUAUUACAUUUGCUGCUCGUUGUGCUCUUCCCC